AUGUGGAGGAUGCAGGAGGGCAGGACCGUGUCGCCUCUAGGACCGGUCGUUCUACCGCGCGAGGAAGCCGAUAUGCGUGCCGGGCUGUCGCUGCCGCCUCAAGAAAGGAGGCACGUGUUGAUCCACGUACGCGCCGCGGAGCCGUUCGCGCGCUACGACGCCGCGCGUCAGCAACACUCGCCGUCGACCUCGCCGAUCCUGCGAUCCGUCGAGAAGGACUUUCGCGAGACGGACGACGAGAUCAGGGACAAGAGGAUGGACACGGAGAUCGAGGAGGAGGAGCAGGACGAGGAGGAAGAGGACGAGCCCGAGCAUGAGAGGAACGUCACCCUGAGGAGGAACAUCGCCGAGGACGAGGACGACGAUGAGGAGCAGGAGGAAGAGGACGAGGAGAUGCAUCCCGGGAGUCGCAACGGUAACUACCAGGAGGACGAGGACGUCGAGGUGGACGUAUGCCGCGACGAAGUCGACGAGAGCAACCCCAGCAGCCCCGUGGACCUCACCGCCCCGUCGUCGAGGGGCGCCGGGUCCGAUCAGUUCCUGAACCCGUUCGCGAACCGCGGCGUGCAUUCUUUCUCUUGUGUUCAAAGCGCUGGCCACGGGACACCCGUGUAUAUAGCCGCGCACGCCGCCGCGGCAUCGACGGUGAUGACCGUCUGCACUUCCGGCAACGCGGCCAGGACGACUGGCGCCGCGACGGGCAGCAUCACCACCACCGCCAGCACCGUCCAAGCAAAGAAGAGGUGUUUAGCGUUCUCGGUGGAGAAUAUACUGGAUCCCAAUAAGUUCACCGGCGGACGCGUCGUUAACAGUACCCAUCAGCAUCGGCGACAUCGGCGGGCCGAUAGCGUGCACGAAGAUGGGGACUCGCGGGGUGAGUUCGCCUGCGGCAGCGGCCAGGAGGACGAGGAGGGCACGCCCGACACGGGGAUGGAGGACAUGGACGAGGACCAGGAGGAGGAGGAGGAGGACGAGGACGUGGAGAUGAAAGGGACGGACCAGGACUCGUCGAACGCCGGCAGGGAGAACAGCAACGCGGCUACCAGCCACGUGUCGUCGUCCAGCUGCAAGAAGAGGCAGUCGUCGUCGUCGUCGUCGUCGUCGGGUAGCGUGCAGGCACAGGGGUGUCAGGGUCAGAACCAGAGUAGCCAGAAUGGCACCGGCGGUAGCGGCGGGACGGGCGGCAAGCCCAGAAGGGCCAGGACAGCGUUCACCUACGAGCAGCUGGUCGCCCUGGAGAACAAGUUCAAGACCACCAGAUACCUGUCCGUCUGCGAGCGUCUGAACCUGGCGCUGUCCCUCUCGCUGACCGAGACCCAGGUGAAGAUCUGGUUCCAGAACCGGCGCACCAAGUGGAAGAAACAGAAUCCCGGGCUGGACGUCAACAGUCCGACGGUGCCCACCACGCCGCCACACCCCUCGCCUUACGCGCCCGCGUUCCUCUUCGCCACCCACCCCCACCAACACCCACUUCCCCACACCCACGGCCACCCACAUCCGCACGCACACGUCCAUCAUCCGCCGCCCGUCCCGCCGCCACCUGGCUAUUAUCACCCAGCCGCGCCACCUUAUCCUCCGACCGGACCGACGUUCUUCGGUCAUCAUCUGUCCGCAAGCCCCGCGACGCCCGCCGGACCCCCGCCCACCUCCACACCCUCCAGCACAGGGCUCACGCUCUCGACGCAUCCACAUCCGCACACGCACCCGCACGCGUAG